UGUAUAUUGCUUGUCUAAAGUUAAGCAAAUUGUGUAAUUGCCGAGCUAUAAUAGUACAUACUUAAAGCUCAAAUUAAAAAAAAAAAAAACACAUACGUUAUCAUUGCGUGCCAGCACAAUAAUAAUAUUAUAUGAGUGGGUAUUGCGAAAAAACCACUAUAACAACCACUGGAUCGAGUGGUAAAAACAUUUUGUUUACAGGUGUAAUAUAAUUAUUAUUUUAAUUUUUGUCACACGGCCGGAGGUGACGCGAAGUAGGUACAGACCUUAAAAAAAAAAAUAAUAAUAAUAAUAACAUAAUACCGCCGCGUCGUUCCGGUAGGCAUACACUUUUUUCGACGGUCAUUGCGACAAUGUCAUUAUCGGUUCGUCGGUCGUCUGCCAUAGCCGAAUCGCGAAUAAUUCCGUUCGUCAUCGCCGUCCGAAUUUCGCGAGUGUGUACGUGUGCUCGUGUCCUGAUUCCUGUGCGGGUCGCGGGACACUCGCGACUGUCGGCGUGCUCGCCACCGGCAGUGUCCAUUUAUCGGUCGCCGGCGUCGCGCAUGGCGCCCAACCCGUUCACGGCCAGGCUGGCCGCCCGCAUCGCCAUGUCGUACGGGCCCAGCGUCAGCUACAUAAUGCUCAUCCGCGUGGCCAUCCUGUUCUUCCGGCCCGACAUCGAGGACGCCGAUCACCGGCUGACGGACCGCCGGAUCGCCGAGAUCAGGGAUAAGUACGACUUCGUAGUGAUCGGCGGUGGUUCCGCUGGUUCCGUUAUGGCCAAUCGUCUGUCCGAGAACGCCAACUGGACGGUUCUAUUAAUAGAGGCCGGAAUCGACGAACCAGCAUUGUCAGAUAUACCAUUGCUGUAUCCUUCCCUGCAGCGUACGUCUGUUGAUUGGCAGUACAAAACACAACCCAGUGAUUCGUCUUGCUUGGGCUUCAACGGGAACCAAUCUAGCUGGCCCCGAGGCAAAGUCAUCGGGGGCAGCAGUGUCCUUAACGCCAUGUUCUAUGUCAGGGGCAACAGGAAGGAUUACGAUGCGUGGCAAGACGCCGGCAAUGAGGGCUGGGGUUACGAGGACGUGUUGCCGUACUUCAUCAAGUCCCAGGACAUGAGGAUACCGAACCUCGUGAAUUCGAAGUAUCAUGGCACAGGAGGAUACCUGAGUGUGGAGCAUUUCCGGUCGCACUCACCGAUCGUGCACAGUUUUUUGGAGGCCACCAAGGAAUUCGGUUACGACGAAGUUGAUAUAAAUGGCCAGAGUCAGACAGGAUUUACGCGAUCUCAAGGAACUCUAAGAGAUGGGUUGAGGUGCAGUACAGCCAAAGCGUUUUUGAGGCCAAUUAAAGACCGUCCAAACCUUCACAUCAGCUUGCACACGCAUGUUUUAAAAAUCGUGAUCGAAAAUGACCGGGCCACGGGCGUGUUGAUAUCUAAACUGGGGACCAUACCGACGCUGGUGAGAGCCGAGAAAGAAGUGGUGCUCUCGGCGGGCGCAAUUAAUUCGCCUCACCUGUUGAUGUUGUCCGGAAUAGGGCCUGCCGAUAAGAUACGUAAGGCUGGUGUCAAAAUCACCAAACACAUACCCGGUGUGGGGCAGAACCUGCAAGACCACAUUGCGAUGGGCGGUGUCACAUAUUUGUUCGAUUCACCUGAUGAAUCCAACCCCCUCGGUCUGGGCAUAGUCUUGCCGAGAGUGUUGACUCUCAAUUCAUUAAUCCAAUUCUUCCGGGACAAAAUGGGACCUCUCUACAGGAUACCACUCGGUGAAGUCAUGGGUUUUGUAAACACUCGCUACAACGAUGAUAUCGACUGGCCGGACGUUCAGCUGUUUAUGGCAACUGCCGGAGACAACGACGAUGGGGGUCUUUUGAACAAACGGGAUGUGGGUAUCACCGACGCGUAUUACGAGCAAGUUUUUGAACCCAUACUAUACCGAGACGCUUUUACGAUAGCACCGCUGGUUCUGAGGCCACACAGCCGAGGCUACAUAGAGAUCACAAGUUCCAACCCUUACGCGGCGCCGAAAAUCGUGCCAAACUACUUAAGCGACCCGCGGGACGUCAGAACCAUGGUGGAGGGUGCCAAAAUUGGAUACGCUAUCAGCCGUACAGUGGCCAUGAGCAAGAUAAAUACCACUUUACAUAACAUCCCCACGCCAGGGUGUGAGUGUUACGAGUUUUUGUCCGACCAAUACUGGGAAUGCCAGGCCCGUCACUACACGAUGACCAUUUACCACCCAGUCGGCACGUGCAAGAUGGGCCCGGUGGACGAUGAGUAUGCCGUGGUGGAUGAGCGUUUGAGGGUGAGGGGCAUCAGGGGCUUGAGGGUUGUCGACGCGUCUAUAAUGCCUACGAUAGUUAACGGAAACACCAACGCGCCAACGAUUAUGAUCGCGGAAAAGGCGUCUGACAUGAUCAAGCAAGAUUGGGCCGGACACACGCAAACAUUUAAGGCACGGUAUGUCAAGAAGACGGUAAUGAGAUGGUGGUAAGCCAUUGUCCAAACAUUGAAUAUUGGGCCAACGUGAUUGAAAGAUAUAUUUAUAAAAAUGGAAUUUAAAGCAUGAAAUUACUAUCGAUAUUUAUAUUGUCUACAUACCGAACCGUUAAUCGCGAUUACCAUAGCAUAAUAUUGUAUAUGUACCUAUACCUACCAAUUAAUACGGAUGCAAUUUGUAUUGUUCAGUUACAUAUUAAUACAUUUUUACUAAUUAUUCAUAUAAUAUGAUAACGCCAAGUGUAUAACAUCUGUAAAUCGUAUAAAUUUACGCUUUUUAUUAAUAUCAUUAUUUAUCUCGGACACUGAGGUCGUCAGGGAUGAUUUAAAAAAUAUAAUUUUAGUGAAUUAUUAUUUUAUACAACUAAUAC